GAGACGAGACGGCCAGCAUCAGCAAGGGGAGGAGGGGUUUACGGCGGCGGCGGCGGCCAUGGUGGCGGCGCUGCGACUCCUGCGGAGGAGUCUGCGAUCGAGCGAGGCAACGCCUCGGUUUUUAUCGGCUUCUCAAAAUUUGGUUCAACGAGUUGCAUAUAACACCAGAGUUGUCGAUGUUGGGCAACCAACACCCCAAUCACAUCCUGAGUUAUUAGCUGAAGGAGAGAUUACACCAGGUAUCACUAGCGAUGAGUACAUCUCCAGAAGAAAAAAGCUUUUGGAGGUUCUGCCUGAGAAGAGCUUGGCCAUUAUUGCGUCUGCAGAGCCGCAGAUGAUGACUGAUGUAGUGCCAUAUCCAUUCAGACAGAAUGGUGAAUAUCUGUACAUUACAGGUUGUGCACAACCUGGUGGUGUGGCAGUUUUAAGUGAGGGAACUGGUUUAUGUAUGUUCAUGCCGGAUACAAGUAAGCAGGAUGUAGUUUGGCAAGGUCAGACGGCUGGAGUUGAGGCAGCUGAGAAUUUCUUCAAGGCGGACAAAGCAUUUCCACUUAGUGAGAUGCAAAAGAUCCUCCCUGAAAUGGUUGAGCAGUCAAAAGUGGUAUAUCAUAAUGUAAAGACGCUUUCGCCAUCUUAUAAGAACUUGGAAUGCUUCCGUAGGGCAUUACUCAACAAUAAAGUAAAAGAUAUUGCAUAUUACACUGAUGAACUGCGGUGGAUCAAGUCAAAAUCAGAAAUUGGGUUGAUGCGAGAAUCAGCAGCUAUUGUUUCUCAGUCUCUUUUACAGACGAUGUUGCUAUCAAGGACCCACAGGGAGGAAAGCCAGCUGGCAGCUAAGAUUGAGUAUGAGUGCAAAAUGAGGGGUGCCCAGAGAAUGGCGUUCCAUCCUGUAGUUGGUGGUGGAGCAAAUGGCAGUGUUAUACACUACUCAAGAAACGAUGGAAGGGUCAAAUCAGGUGAACUACUGCUCAUGGAUGUUGGCUGUGAGUAUCAUGGCUACCUUAGUGACCUGACUCGAACAUGGCCACCCUGUGGCAGGUUUUCACCUGCUCAGGAAGAACUAUACAGCCUGAUACUGGAGACAAACAAGGAAUGCAUAAAGCUUUGUAAACCAGGUGCAAGCAUUAACGAGAUACAUGAUCAUUCGGUAAGGAUGUUGAUUAAGGGUUUCCAAGAACUUGGAAUUUUAGAGAAGGGAAAAUCUAUCCAAUACAAUUAUUUGAAUCCAACAGCAAUAGGUCAUUCGUUAGGAAUGGAUAUUCAUGAUUCUGUCAAGCUUAGCAAGGACAAGCCCUUGGAGCCAGGCGUUAUAAUAACUAUCGAGCCUGGGGUUUACAUCCCACCGGUGCCGAUCCUGAAAGAGAAUGCCCCGGAUAGGUACCGGGGCAUCGGAAUCAGGAUAGAGGAUGAGGUCCUCAUCACCGAGUCCGGCCACGAGGUCCUAACGGCGUCGGUGCCGAAGGAGAUCUCUCACAUAACCACCCUUAUGAACAUGGGAAGUAGUAGUAACUCCAUGAUGGAUGCCCAUGAGCUGAGAGCUGCCUCCUACAGUUGAGAAGUUCAGACAAUGCUGUCUGGAUUUGAUCUUCCCUAUUCCCACCGGGGAUCUUCACAUCCAAUUCCGGUUGACAUUCAUUCUUCAUCAAACCUGGGAGAUGAACCGGGACUAUCAGGCCUCAACUGGUAAAUAAAAACUGAACCGCCAUAUUUGUCUCAGGGUGGGACGGAUUUUUCACUGGUUUUCAUGAGAAAAACCAACCGUUUUCAGUGUUUGCAAAUAUUUUUUGAGUUAUGUCAGAACCGAAAUUUGUAACAUACUAUCAGAUGAUGUACAAAUUCAGACGGUCACAGAAUCAAAAGCGUGAACACAGAAACAAAAGCACGAAAUUUAUGGUUUAAAGAGACCCAUUUUCUGUC